GCAUAGACCUAAAAAAAAAAAAAUCAGAACAUACCUAAAACUGUAAUUUGGUGAUGUCCUCUUCAAUUUCAGAUGCAGUGACUGGUGCACGGGAUUCAAAUGUUAUACAGUUAAAACUGUUACAGGCUGCCUUGAGGAAGGUCAUGGAGGACUUGGAAUUCAUGGAAAAGAAGCAACAACUUCUUGAAAAAACUAAUCUUUUGCUUUUUCCAGAGAGAGAGCGUAUAAGAGCUGAACACGAAGAUGUUAUUAACACACUGAACAACAAGCUGUCGGAGAAAGCAACAAAACAGAUAAUCCUCAAUGAAACCUAUAACAAAAUGCAAGACUUGAAGGAACAGCUAGUAAAUGUGAACAAUGCUGUUGAAGACUUGGAGCGAGAUAUGACACGAGAAGUAAAGGACUUUGUAGAAAGCAAGAAAAAACUAGAAAGCAAUGUGGCUGAAACAGAAGGUAAAAUACAAAAUCAGAAGGCAGAGAAUGCAAAGAAGAUAAAAGAGCUUCGUUUUGCGGGAGCAGAGUUAUUUGACAAAGAGGAAGAAAUUUCGGAAAAGCAGAAGUGUAUUCAACGACUACAAAAAAGCAUUGACCAACUAAAAGCAACAAAUGUGCAGAGAAGAAGUCAGCUUGCUCAGGAACAGAAGAUGGGUGAAGAGCAAACCAAUCAGAAUGAAAAUCUUGAUAAAGAAUUAACUGCAUUGACUGAAGGAUUUAAGAUAGAAUCUCAAGCUCUCUGUGAUAAAAUCUUACUGGUUGAUGAAGAAAUGAGACAAGUUGAGGAGAUUAAUCUUGUACACCAGCAGAUGAUCUUGAGUCAGACUGAGAACUUUCAGGCAGUGAGAGCAAGAGAAGAUGUUGUGCUGGCAUUCCAUAUGGAUGAUGCAAAACUGCUAGAAGCAUCAGAACAUGCCCAUGAAGAAAAACUUGAAAACAUUGCCAAGCUCAAAAUGGAAAUCAAAGAACUUGACGAGGAAAAAAAGAGACUAGAAGAAAGCAGCGAGUAUGAUUAUUAA